AUGAGAGGGACAACGGAAGUGGCCUUUGCCGUGACAGAUCUUAGUGUAUUGAGCACCAAACUAGGCCGCACACACAUCCUGCUGCACCACUGCCCCCCUUUUGGACUGAUAGCCUCCCGCAAGGACCUCUUCCUGGUGCCCACUAUCACCACCUGGCCUGGCGUGGCCCAUGUCCUGCUCAUCUGGAACCCAAGCAAGAGCAAGGUGAUAGUUGUCGCCCCAUCUCCUGGCCUUUCUCACAAUAAAAGCCUGAAUCCCAGACAAGGAGACACCUGGGACUUUCAGAUCCUGCUGCAAGGCCUUCUUGGGUUCCUGUCCCCCAGGGAGCCAUUGGCUGUCCACACCUGGGCCCCAUCUUCCCAUGGCUUGUUGUUGCUGGACUUGAAAGGCAAGGUGAGCCUAGUGCAAUGCCAUGGUGGUACUCGGACUGUGGGAACCCUGCAGGAGGCGCCUGUCGGCCUAAAGGGUUCUGCAGCUCUGGGAACAUUUCAUGGCACCUUAGCCUGUGUCCUGGGCUCCACGUUGGAACUACUAGACAUGAGCAGUGGGCAGCUGUUGGAAAGGAAGGUCCUAAGUACAGAUAAAGUACAUCUGCUGGAGCCGUCAGCCCCUGGCAUGAAGAAUGAGGAAGACAUGGAGAUGCAAGGAGCUCUCUACUUGCUUUCAGCCCUGGGUCUCUUUUGUGUGGGUUGGGAAGCUCCCCAAGGCCUUGAGCUACCCUCAGACAAGGAUAUGGUGUUUGAGGAGGCCUGUGGGUACUACCAGCGACGGAGCCUGCACGGUACCCAGCUUACCCCAGAAGAGCUGAGACACAACAGCAUGUUUCGGGCACCUCAGGCCUUGGCCUCCAUCCUCCAGGGCCACCUGCCCCCAUCCGCACUGUUGACCACGCUGAGGGCUGAGCUUCGGGACUACCGGAGUUUGGAGCAGCUCAAGGCCCAGCUGGUGGCCGGGGAUGAGGAGGAGGCUGGCUGGACCGAGCUGGCAGAGCAUGAGGUGGCAGGGCUGCUGAGAACGCAGUUGACCGGCGACCACCUGGUCCAAUUCAACACCAUUUUCCAAGCCCUUCCUACAGCAGCUUGGAGUGCCACCCUCCAGGCCUUGCAGCUCCAGCCAGAUAGGACGGGCAGGCUGAGGUCCCAGGCACCCCCUGAUGUAUGGAAGAAGAUACUGAGGGGUCCAACAGCUGGAAAGGAGCCCCCCAAUGGAAUCUUGCCCCCCUUUGAACUCCUGUGUCAGUGCCUAUGCCAGUUAGAGCCUCAGUGACUCCCCCCAUUUGUGGAACUGGCUCAGCAGCGAGGUGGGCCAGGCUGGGCAGCGGAAGGCCCUAGUCUGCCCCUUUAUCGGCGAGCCCUAGCUGUGCUGGGUGAGGAAGGGAAGAGACCCGAGGCCCUGGAACUAGAGCUGCUUCUGGGCAGUGGGCGGCCCAAGGCUGUGCUGCAAGCCGUGAGGCAGCUAAUAGAGAAGGAGCAGUGGGAAAAGGCUUUGCAGGCCGGCCUGGCCCUGGACUCCUCCAGCCCCCUGCUUCGGAGCGAGAUCUUUAAGCUCCUGCUGGCAGAAUUUGCCCGGCACCGCAGCCUUGAUGCUCACCUCCCCCUCCUUUGCUGCCUGUGCCCACCAGAAGUGGCUCCAGAUGAGCUGCUGCUUUUACUGAGGACGCAUCUCCCAGAUGAUGUGGGAACCGCCAACCCUUUCCCUGAGCCUGGGGCAGAGUCCCCUCUCACAGUGGGUUUGGUCAGAGCCCUCCUAGAACAAACUGGGGCUCAAGGGCGACCCUCUGGCCUGGCUCAAAGCAAAUAUGAGGACAUCCUGUGGGAUCCAGACACCCCACCCCGCGGACCUAUUGCUACGCUCCAGGCAUCCGACCACCCAGGACCAGAAACAUGGGUAACAUCUGGACAGGGGCUCUGUGCAACUGACAUGGGAGGUCACUUGUAGAACACAGAGAGGGGGAAGGUUACCUAGGGUUGGAGAGGACAAAAGCGGGAUUUGGAUGUGCAAUGCUGUCUGUCGUGGAACGAUUUCUAAAAUACAUGCAAAUACCAAAUAUA